AGACUUCUUUAUUUUUGUAAAGAAGAAAAUGUUGAUGUCAUUGCUCUCACUAUAUUAUGUUACUAUUUUAAGCUAAUAAAUGAUCAUGUUUGUUUGAGUGCAUGUAUUGUAGUCGUCAUCAAACGCAUAUAUGUUAUUCGCGGCGUGAAACAUGAGGUUAGAAGUGGAUUGAUCGGCAUUGUUAGUGGUUUAUAAUUGAUUAAAAAUGUUAACGACGGACGAAUUAAUGCUAGAGGACUAUGUAUUUAAAAGUUCUCCAGAAUCUUGUAGUGAUCAUUCAUACUCUACAGAUUGUAUGGAUUUCACUUCAGACGGAGACUUCCUUUCACAGUUGUCAGCAGAUUUAGACAUACCUCUUUUGUUAAACCAAGGACAAGAUGAGCUCAGCAUACUCAAUUCUCUAUUAUAUGAUAAGAGUCCAGAGGAGAUUUUAUCAGAAACUGCUUCCCCUCCGUAUGCACCAGAUGAAGAUAUAUCCAAUGAAAUUUCAGAGUUGCAAAAUAUGGAUUUCUCAAAGUUUGGACCAGAAUAUUUUCCAAAUGUUCACUCAGACAUUAAAAUUGAACCUGGUAGCCCCAAAUCCAGUAAAUCAAGCUCCCCUGUGUCACCAGAACCUAUCAUUGAUGAAAUAAUUGUGAAAACUCCUCCUAAAUCUCCUAUUAUCAUUAAUGCAGUGAAUGAAAUGCCAAAUAAUGUCAUAUUUGCCCAACCUGUUAAAUUAUUAUCACAAAAUUUACCUCAAAAACAUAUACCAAUAGUACCAAAAGCACCAUAUACCACCCUUCCUGUCAAUAAAAAUAAUGUAGUUGUUAUAAAUACAGAUACAAAACCUGUGGUUACACAGACUUCUAACGUAGUUUUAGUUGAAAAUUUAGGGGUACCAAAAAUAUCUGUGCCUAAUGUUCCAGUAACUACUGUCACUAACCUAGCUAAGUCUGUGACUGUGCCUUCAGUAGUUAUAGAUACAAAUUCCAAGUUUACUUUGGCUGGUAGAAACAUAGACCCAAAAAUUUUGAAGAGGCAGCAGAGGAAGAUAAAAAACAGAGAAUCUGCAAGUUUAUCUAGGAAAAAAAAGAAGGAUUAUGUUACUUCAUUAGAGGAACAAGUUAAAGAACUGACUGCUGAAAAUAAGAGACUGCAAGCAGAAAAUGAACAACUGAAAGAAAAACUUUUCGAAUUCAAGCCAAAUUUUGUCUUUAAUCCCCACAAUAAAGUAAUUAAACCCAGUAUCUUUCUUUGCGUAUGUUUAUUGGUAGUGGGAGUAAAUUUGAAUAUAGUAAGGAAUCCGUUUAGUAUAAAAUCACCACAAGUAGGAUUAUUAAAAUCGAGUAAACCUCAAUUGAGUGACCACCAUGGCAGAAGUUUGUUAUGGACCGCAGAAGAUAGUGAUGAAAAUAAAACUUCAUCAUUUUCAACGUUUUUCAUGUGCCCUGCCACAAUUAAUCAAACAGAAAGCGCUAGGCUGGUACUAGAACUAGAAAGGUGGAUAGGGAAGCCUGUAGAUUUGCCAGCAAAGCUUAAUAUAAAUUCAAAUGCAGCAGUUCCAGUUAAUACAAAAAAAGUUCAUCCAAAAAGGAAGAAAUACAGGUUGGAUAGUUCGGUAGCUUCUUACAGAAGGUAUAAAAGUGAAAAACCAAAUUAUGAGACAUCGAAAAACGAAAUUCAAGUAUUUUCUGUAACUCCAGACCAAAUGUAUUCGGAAUUUUUCGAAGCAAUUAAUAGACAAGAAGAUACGUUUUAUGUUGUGUCUUUUACAGAUCAACAUAUGAUGUUACCUGCGUUGUAUCAUAACAAGACGAGAAGACCGAAAAUGUCUCUCAUCAUGCCGUCAAUGUUACCAAACGAUACAGUUUCGAAAACUUCAUUAAUACCAUUAAUGCAAAUCGAUUGCGAAGUUCUCGACACCAGAUUAAUCCACGUAAAACACGGAGUCAUCCCCCAACACUUCAGAAAAUAUGACAAUGUCACUAAAAAAGAACCAACAGAAAACGACCCUAUCAUUAGUGACGCUAAUACCACAAAAACGAAUUAUUACGAAAACAACUACAAACCUUAUUUUGUGAAACCUCAUGACAGGUUUUUUAAACUGAAUUAAAUAUAAGUUUGUGCGUUUGUGAAGUGUUUGCAAAAAAAUUUGUCAGAUUGUAGUAGAAGAAUUCACACGAUUCUUUUAAUUGAUGUAAAAUUGCUCUUUUUGGACGAUUCGGAUGACUUGAAAUAUUACUUUAAUAAUUAUUAAUCUUAACUAUUGAUUAAACAUUCUCUCCAUUUGUAUUUAUGUGUGUACUUCAUCUGAUUGCCUUCAUUUGUAAUUAUGAAUUUUUUUGGCGCUUCUUGCUAAUCCUUGUUAUAUGUUUUGGUCCUACCAUAUUUUUCUUCUACUGUCACUAAUUUACUGCUUUUAUCACAAAAAAUGCAGUCUCUUAAAAAAUUGUCAAUAAAAAAACAUUGUUUUGUCUCUAAAUUCUUUCAUCAAUCGCUCUUUUUCUUAUAUUCUGAUUUAUUUGUUGUUUUUCGAAUUUCCACUAUGUGAAAAAUGUAUAACCUCAUCCAUGGUUGAUUCUGAUGCUCUACAGUAAAAUUUUCAUUUAUUAGUUUCUAGAUUAUUAGUCGCUUAAAAGGAUGUCAAUUUGGUCAGAAAUUAAAAGAAACAAAGAUUUUUGCAGAUUAUGAUUUUCGAUCUCGAUAUAGACUAGGCCAGGGGUCGGCAACCUUUUUUUGGCCGGGGGUCAAAAUCAAACAAAAUGCGAGUAUUAAAGAUACUUUAAGUAAAAGAAAAAUCUCUUUUACUUUUUGUUUGUUCAUGGUAACUUUUUUAAAUAAUAACAUUUAUUUCACUAGGUCAAUAUUAUUGUACUACUGUACUACACGUGCUAUAACUAUAACUGAUAUACAAUCGGCCGAUUCCAUAUCCAGUCAGGAGGGAGUCGGGCUUUAAUUGAUAUUUUUAUGUGUUACACUGGAUUCAAAUUUGGUACGUUCAUAACUUUGCGACCAAAAUUUUUUGGGAAAAUAAAAAAAAGUUUGUAUAUCUUAUACUCUAUUUUCGGAACUAAAGUGGGUCUCUCGAAAUCACCAAAUGGGUCACUCGAUGAUCCACGGGUCAUAGGUUGCCGACCCCUUAGACUAGACUAUUUUAUUUUUAUUAAUAUUUAAAAAUAUUUUAAACAGUGUUGAAUAACAUAGUUGGUAAUUUUUAAAUUAUUUACAUAUAAAUGAAUUCUUUACAGCAUUAAAAAUAUUUUAGCUCUAAUAUCGAUUUUCCAAGUUCACCAGAUCAUUUGAAUUUAUAGAAUUCAUGAUGUUUCAUUGAAAUACACCAAAAAUAAGGAAAUUCAAUAAGUAAAAAAAAAGAAAUUCUAAAUAACCUGCUGAAAAUAUUUAAGAAAAUCUAUAUUGUUGACAGUUCCAGUUUUUCUUUUCAUCCAUUGUUUCUUAAAAUUUUCCCCAACUGAAAAAUUUUCAUUUCAAAUAUAUUCAAUUGAAAAGAUUGAUAAUGAAAUGCUGAGAAGUUAUACUACCCCUCAAACUUUUUUCCCGUUAUCUCCGUUGGCUAGGUAUAAAAUAUAAAAAGACUUGUCCACAUACAACAAAUUGCUUCUCUAAAAAUAGAUACUAAAACCCGUCUGGACAAAUGGCAUACAACUUUGGGGUUGUGCCAGUAAAAGUAACAAUCAAUUGAUACAACGUAACAACAACUGCAUAAGGACCUCAAUGUAGAAAGUGUUAACCUAACCUAAUCCAAUUCGCGAUACUAUAACAUGGUAACGUUGAGGUUAUCUAACUCGACAAUGCCAAUUUAGUGAGAAGGCUUAAUAGGAUCAAGCCAUUUGAGUUAUUUUAAUUGAAGUAGUUAAAAUCAGACUACGUAAACGGUAGUGUUGCUAAAAUUUACUAAGGUAUGCUAAAGAAUAGGACCUUGAGAUUUAAGAAUUUCCACGUUAGUUAAGUUAGGCUAGAAAAAUAUUGGUUAUAGAUCUUCAUGAUCAGAUUUGUAAUAACUGUUACCUUAGCGUUUAUUACGUUGUUUUUUUAUAAAAAUAAGUGAGAAAACUUAAAAAAAAUCGUCGACAGAGUCUUUUACUUAUACCAAUCGGAUCAUUAUGGGAAAUAUGAAAUCACUCACUUCAUCCUCUAUUUGAGGUUCGUCAUACAGACUACUCCCGACACUACUGUCACUAUCAGCAGAAACAACAUAAUCUUGAUCUGUAUCGUCUACAUCUACGCCACUUUCUUCCUCGCCAUUGUUGUACAACAACAAAAAACUAAGGCUAUUUACUUUGACAUAUACAACAACAAAACUUCAUAUGUAACUCGUAUCAUCCAGUACUACAGGCCGGGACUCGCCAAACACUAAGCGUAUGGUCCGGUACAAGAGACCGUAUCAUAAACAAUAAAAUAUGCACGGCAAGACGGUUCACAGACAACUGAAGGUUACAAAUAACAAAUGGCGGGAAACUACUGAGCGGUAGAAAGUGGACGAACCAUCAGGGAUGCCAAUUUGGAAGGGCCAAAUUUCCCGUCCGGUCUCAGAGACAUUAAACAUGCGUGGAAAGUGUUAUGUGAUUAGAACAUGUGGGGUUUCUCGUCUAAUAUAGAAUACGUUAAGCUACAAAUGUCUUUAUGGAUAUGUGGAUUUUUCAAAUAAACAAUUUAUUUUUAAAGAAACCUCAAAAUAUUUUGAUCCGUUUACAAGUUUUAACCAACAAAAAUUUUAUUUUACAGUGCACUUUAACUAAUCCAAGCUGGGUAGUAUAACCACUUAAUAUACUAAAAAACCGUUAUUAUUAUUUGGCCACAGUUCUAAGAAACUAAGUAAAAAUAAGUUCAGAUUUAAUGCCAUGUGAAGGACUGCUUCACAAAUAAACCCUUCGGGGAAUAUUCAAUUAUUUUGUACAAUAUUUAGUACAAAUUGUUAUAUUAAGCAAAGUAGAAUUAAUUUAGUAGAUUUUAUAUACUUGUUAAAGAUGUACAUAUAAUUUAAAAAAUAAAACCGUUUGUUUCAUGGUA